AUGAAGAAGUUUGUACCUGCUCGGCCGGAACAUAAACCGCCGCUGAUUCCGAUGCCGCACAAUCGUUCUAUCCAGGAGGGCUGUCGCACCCCCUCCAGCGAUUACUAUGACCAGAUCCAGCCGAGCAGCUAUUCCCAGACCAAAGACGACAGGAGCACAUUCUCUAUAGGCCCUUCGAGACGGGGGACCGAAGGUUUCGUGCAACAAACGCUCACCCCACAUUCAGUCAGAAACACUUCCCUGGACAGCACCGGAAAUAGCUUCCGCAGGGCGUCGACGCUCGAGGGCGACCAGGCCACAGCGAACAUCUACAAGCAAAGCUCGCUAAAGGAGCGAAGCCGCCUGGUGCAGCGCCAGAACGCUAUCAGGGAGCUCAUCGAUACCGAAGUCUCCUUCGUCCGGGACAUGAAUGUCAUUGAAGAGAUCUAUAAGGGAACCGCGGAGGCCUGCCCCAAGCUGGAUUCCAAGACGAUCAAGCUCAUCUUCAGAAACACAGACGAGAUCAUCGAGUUCCACACCUCAUUCCUGGCCGAGCUUAAAGAGGCUGUCUCGGCCGUUUACUGUCCGAAGAGCCGGCGCCCUCCGCUGAUCAGGGAAAGCAGAAAGGACUCCACCAUGUCGGAAUCCAUGAUGGUCCAGUCGGGCAUCUCCAGCUUGGCCAAGGAGGUUGCGGUCGAGCCAGACGAUGCAAAGGAUCGGCAGGCAUCGAUCGGUCCUACUUUCGCGAAGAACAUCGAGCGCAUGCGUGCUGUCCACGAGACCUUCCUUCGCACAAGCGAUCCCGCCUCGAAAUGGCUGAUCCAGAUACAGGGGGACGACGCGGUUCAAGUCUGGCUGAGCGAGUGUAACGAGGCGGCGAAGGACUUCACUGCCGCAUGGAAUCUCGACUCCCUACUGAUCAAGCCUAUGCAACGCAUCACCAAGUAUCCCAACCUGAUCAUCCAGCUCCUUCAAUACACCCCGGAGGACCACCCUGAUCGUGAGGCUCUGAUGUUUGCACGGAGCGCUUUGGAGAAUGCAAUCCUGGACAUCAACAAGACCAAAAAGAACUUCGAACUCGUGGGGCAGAUUGUCGGCCGCAAGCGCAAGGGCUUGGACGUGCGGGCAGGCUUCGCGAGGGCGUUUGGGAAACGCGUCGACAAGCUGCAAGUGUUGACAGUCCGCAUUCAAGAGGACCCCGAAUACAAGGCGUUGCAGGAAAAGUUUGGCGACGACUACCUCCGCCUUCAGGCCAUGCUCAGGAAUGUCGAGUUCUACACUAGGCAGGUGUCGGAAUACGUCCACCAGUUCCUUCAGCUGCUUUCGGCAAUGAACCUCAUGAUGCGCCUUCAGCCGUCUCCGUACCCGGAAAUCGAAAGCAAAUGGGCCCGGUUCUACAUAUCUAUAAACGUGGAAAACGUAGCUCUGGAUCAACACCUUGCCCAGGUGAGGAAGCAUGUGAUCGAACCGUUUGCACUCGUCAUCAGAUGCUACGACCGCCCGUCCCUGGCGAUGAAGAAGCGGGCGAAGCGCCGCGUCGAUUACGAGAGGGUGGAGCAGCUGAAGAAAGCGGGCAAGAAGGUGGACAAGCAGCUCGGCGAAGUAGCUGAACAGUACGAGGCUCUCAACGAAAUGCUGAAGAAAGAGCUGCCCAAGCUGCCUGUGUAUACGGAAAAGAUCGGGAACAUCUGCCUCGGCAACCUUGUCUGCAUCCAGCUCAAAUGGUUCUCGACCUGGAAGGAAAAGGUCAAGGUGGUUCUCGAGGAUGCCCACGUCCCCGAGCUGGCCGAGGUCCUUGUUUCUUUCCAGAGGAAGUUCCGGGACAUGGAAGAGCAGGUCAGGGGCACCGGGAUCCUCAACCCCAGCCUCAAGCUGAGGACGCCCUAG